GGGUGACCUAGCAGCAAAGCAUGACGACGUCAACGACGACACACUUGGUGAAGUCAUUAUGGCUGUUGACAUGACACCUCGCGGCACAGUCGGCUGCUGUUACUACGUUGCCAGAGAGGAAAAGCUGUACUUCAUGGAGGACAUACAGAUUGGCGAUGAUGACAUUGUUGACACGCUGAAGACUUUCAUUGACCCUACAGUCAUUCUUGUUUCGACAAAGAUCGACGAUGCAGUGAUCAAUCGUUUCGAUCCUGAAGCCAAGAGUGGUGAGUCGGUCAGUGGCAACAAUGAUCAAUUUCGUCUGCCCUUCUUGCUGGAUGUUCGUCCCCCGAGCGAGUUUUACUACGAUGCAGCAAAAAAUAAGCUCAUGAUCUUGAGGUUGGGCGAAGAUGACGGCACCCAAGUGAGCUUCAACAUACCAGGAGACCACUUAGGUGGAUACGAUGAUGAAGGCGCGCUUGGGCAGCAAGGCCAGUUGCUUCGACUUGCAGGCUGGAUCGACAUGGAAAGUCGCGUAACGGUUGGAUGUGCUGGAGCACUUCUCUCAUAUUUACAGCGAAGACGUGCCGCGGCAUACUUACCUGGCGAUGAUGCCGCAUACAUGAUGUUUCGCAUCACAAUGCUUGAGAUGUUCAGCCUGCGGGAGACCAUGUUCAUUAAUGCAGACACGCUGCAUUCGCUCGGCGUCAUUGGUGCAGAGGCACAUCCACAUUCGCACAACAGAGGACCAAACGCCAACUCUGGAGCGAAAGAAGGACUGUCGGUGUACGGUCUGUUCCACCAUCUCGCACGAACGCUACAAGGGAGGUUUUUACUUCGUCAGUGUUUCCUCCGUCCAAGCCUCAACAUCGAAGUCAUCAAUGAGCGUUUAGAUGCUGUAAGCACCUUCUCUCGCUCCGAAAAUGCUUCUGCACUCGAUGCUCUGGUCCAAAAUAUGAAGAACAUUGGAAAUAUGCGCAUGAUGAUGAUCAAUCUAAGAAAAGGUGUCGGUGGUUCCGUACCAGGAAGGAACGGUCUGUCGAGAAGCGUUUGGACUUCUGUGAGAGGGUUCGCGUUCCACGCCCUUAAGAUUAAAGAUGCGUUACAGGAUGUUCUAGGCGGUGACAAUCUAGCAAUUAGGACCAAGGUUUUCGAAAAGUUCGAAGGCUACCAUCUGGCACAGGUCGGACGAAAGAUCAGCGAGACUGUGGACUUCGAGAAAUCAGCUGAGGAACGACGAACGGUGAUUCUAUCAGGCAUCGAUGAAGAGCUGGACCACAUGAAACGAACACUUGAUGGGCUCGAGGAUAUCCUUAACCAAGUCGCGGGCAAGCUUUCUGAAGGCAUGCCACCCGAUAUACGUGCUUCCCUCAACGUCAUUUACUUUCCACAGAUCGGCUUUCUCGUCAUCGUACCAAUGGACCCUGCCACCGGAAUUGCCGUAUAUGAUGGUAAUUUCGACAGCCCUUGGGAGAUGAUGUUCUCCGCCGAAGGCCAAGUCUAUUUCAAGACUGCUGAGGUGAGAGAGAUGGACGAUCACUUUGGAGAUGUGUACGGCAUAAUAUCGGAUCGUGAGAUCGAGAUCAGCCACGAGCUUGCGCAGUUUGUAUUGCAGUAUGAGGAGUUGUUCACCACUUGCUCAGAUGUAUGCGGUGAGCUUGAUACUCUGUUAGCUCUUGCGCAAGGUGCAAAGACCUAUAAUCUUGUGCGGCCACGUAUCACUCUCGAGAACACCAUCCAGAUAAAACAGGGUCGUCAUAUACUCCAGGAACGUACAGUGUCAUCCUUCGUUCCGAAUGACACCUUCAUUGUUGCUGGAGCAGGAGAUAACGGAUCUGACGCUGACCAGUGCCGUGGUUCCUCCAGCUGUUUGCAGGGUAGCUCUGUGUCCCAAGAAGGCGGGCCCAGUAUGCUGGUCUUGACAGGACCCAACUACUCCGGCAAGAGCGUGUACUUGAAGCAGGUGGCUCUCAUCGUCUUCAUGGCACACGUUGGAUGCUUUGUGCCUGCGGAGAGCGCUAAGAUCGGGCUGACCGACAAGAUAUUAUCCCGAGUCACCACGCGCGAAACUGUCUCUCGCGCCCAAAGCGCAUUUAUGAUCGACCUUCAACAGAUCUCACUUGCACUGAAUCUGGCAACACGCAGAAGUCUACUCAUCAUAGAUGAGUUUGGCAAGGGAACAGACGCAAGUGACGGAGCGGGACUGGCAUGCGCGGUCAUGGAGUAUCUGCUCAGCCUACGUAACGAGCGACCGAAGGUGAUUGGGGCAACUCACUUUCACGAAAUCUUUGAGAUGGGUUUGCUAAAACCCAGACCCGCACUCGCCUUUGGACAUCUCGAGGUCCAGGUCGAUGCCGACAAGUCACAGGUUGAUGACCAAAUAACGUAUCUAUACAACUUCCGCGAGGGACGAAGCACCUCAAGCUUCGGCACAUGCUGUGCUGCCAUGAAUGGAGUGCCAGAAGAGAUCGUCCGCCGCGCAGAGGACUUGAUCCUCCUGGCCAUGAAAGGCAAGGAUCUGGUUGCUGCAUGCUGCCAAAUGCCAGAGGAUGAAGCCGCGGAACUCGAAGGAGCCGAACAAAUCGCACGAGCCUUCCUCGAGGCCGACGUCUACAAGAAUCCAAGAGCAACACUGUCGGACAUUCUCACCAUCUCAACGACUACGAACUCGCCCUCAUAGGUGCGAAGCCGGCAUAACGGUGAUGUUCAUUGGCGGAUUCGUGGGUUUUGAAGCGUGCGGAGCUCGUAAGCUGCAGAUGUCAGCAAUACCUCAUUGGCUCCGUAGAACUCCAAACCAACAACGUGUUUCAUGUGUCAAAAUUAGAUUUGUCCACGGCAUCGAGCAUGUCUUGAGAAGAAUGUAGUGCUGAUGCUCACUCAGACGCGCGGUUUUGU